AUGACAGCUCUCUCAUCAGCGCUGACUUUUGAGUCGACUCAAAAGCAGAAUGUGACCAAGGCAGCGAUAAAGGCGUGUCGAAACGCCAUCACGUCUAACUCCAUCCCCGCCUUCCGCACAGGUGCCAUCCCAGGUGUGUCGUGGCAGCAGAUGAAGCUUCAGGUGCGCCUGGGCGUGCCUAGGAACCUCCAGGCUGACCUGGAUAUUGACCAAGUCAAGGCCGUGUUCCCCUAUGGUGAGAUUAUCGGAGUUGAAGUGGUUGAUGGUGGGCUCAUCUGUUCAAGUGGAGUGGCGUUAGAAGCACUUGGUGAUCGCAAUGAUGACUGCUAUGUCGUGAAUGCAGCAGUCUAUGUAGGAUAUUGA